AUGUCAAAUUCUAACAUGGCCAGUCAUGAUAGCUCAGAAUCCUGCUUCGCUUUCCCUGACCCUCUCACUGCACUAACAUUCUUCAACAGCGACCUGACGGACUCUGUUCUAGCGAGUGAUGAGGGUUUCAUCAGUGACGAUGACGAUCCUGAUGAUGAGUCCUCCAUCCCUUCGGCCUACUUAACAGCAUUCCCUGUUGAACGGCUUCUAUCACCACUAUCCGAGUCUAGGAGCACCGGCACGUUGUCGAUGAGCCCAGAACUCGAUAGUAGCUCACAGCAUGGUCUAUCUGAAAGCGACUCAGAUAUCGAUAAGCCGGGAACCCCAGUUACACCUCCCGAUCACGGCCGCUUGCCCUCAGACUCUUCUGGUUCUAGUUCUGAAAGCGAUGACGGCUCUGACAUCCUCGCGCCGCCGCGUCUUCAUUCCCAAGAAGGCAAUAGCCCAGAUGAGCCACCCAGAACCUCUAGGAUCCUGUCACCAACACAGAAUUUCAAAAAAGAAACGGUUUCCGAGCCUGACUCGAACCUGCCGUCGUAUCAUGUGCACCAACUCGACUGGAAAAAUCCGGUCCAUGCUGGUAGGCUCCGCGAGCGCAGUGAACAACAUGACAGGGAGAUCAAAGCACUGUUUUGGGACACGAAACACAUACUCAGACCGAUGGAUACUCCUGUGAGCCCUCGAUACAGAAAAGAGCUAAGGGACUGGCGAAGAUCACGCCGAGAAUAUAUCAUGAACAAACCAAGUGCUCAGAAACAAGCGCGGGAUCAACGGUAUCUUCUGGCGUUGUCGGACCUUAUUGACAAAAGAGACAGCUUCUUUAGCAAGAAACGCUAG